AUGUCAAGCGCUGGGUGUCUGGAUGGAAAAGAACCCGUUACCUCGGUAGCCCACACCGAAAAUGUCCAAGAGGUGCCAGAUAUUGUGGAGUACAGACUCUAUAAACAGCGAUUCUCGGGGUUGUUAGGCUUCAUUAUACUCGGAAUCGUCACUGGGCUGCAGUGGUCAUGGUUCGGGCCGAUUGCAACCAACACUGCUGACGAGUUUAAUAUCUCAUUAGCUCAGGUUAACUGGCUGGGAAACAUAACAUUCUGUGUAUACCUUCCUGCUUCAUUCAUCGUGCCCGUCAUCUCCACCCGCUACGGUAUACGGCGAUGCUCAGAAAUGGGAGGAGUCAUGCUGCUCAUCUCGGCCUGGGUCCGCUAUGCGGGCACAAUCCGUUCGUUGUCUCCACAAUCUGCGUAUGUUCUUCUCUUCUUCGGUCAGUUCUUCGGCGCCAUCUCGCAACCAGUAUUCCAAGUACUCGCGCCAAUGUUUUCAGAGAGGUGGUUUGAUCUCAGAGGUCGGACGACUGCCACGAUGGCCAUUGCUAUCGCCAACCCAAUUGGUUCGGCACUUGGUCAGCUCCUCUCCCCUCUUAUGAGCACACCCCGGAGGUCGAUUCUUGUACUCGGGAUUAUAUCCACUGCAGCGCUUCCAGCUAUAUUUCUCAUCUCCGACUCUCCCCCUUCACCCCCAACUUACUCGGGCUCUAAGCAACCAUUAUCUCUUACCUCUUUGUGCCGUGCCAUACUAGGCCUUUCAGUCUCCGACGAGGCACACAUGUCGCGCCGCGAACGUAUUGAUUUUGCGAUUGUUAUGUUUGCCUUUGGCGGCUUAGAGGGUGCGAUUAAUGCAUUGAGCGUAUUAUCAGCUCAGUGGUUCGAACCUGUCGGUUAUUCAGAUACCACAUGUGGCUUGCUGGGUGCCACGCUGUUCCUGUCGGGAAUCAUUGCAGCCAUAAUCACUUCCCCACUAUUUGAUCGUGUAUUCACGCACGUCAUGGGAAUAACGCUGAGGAUCCUUGUUCCUAUUGUGUCUUUGGCGUGGUUAUCGCUGAUCUGGGCCAUCAUACCAAAAAACGCCCCAGCCCUGUUUGUUCUCAUGGUUGUUAUCGGGAGCUGCAGUGUGACCAUGCUGCCACUGGCAUUGGAACUUGGGGUCGAGUUGACAAGGAAUGCAAACGGCAGUUCGGCUAUUUUGUGGUUGGAAGGUGCCCUCCGUGCUCCGUCGACCGCUGAUCCACCCUACAACAUGCGUGAUGCACUCAUAUUCCAUGGCUGUGUAGUCAUGGUAUGCGGCUCAUUCGUCUUUUUCCUGCAUGCUAAGCAGGCUCGGCGUGAAAUGGAUGAGGUCAUGCCGAGUCGGACAGUCUAA